AUGUCGCCUCUUAAGGGACACUUCUUGUCCGCUGGAAAGCCGACACAUAAGCUUGCUUGUUUCAUUCAAUCGCGUAUCUUCCGGGACGCCUACAAGCGUGAACAGUUUGCCAAAUUCGAAGUCGAACGUCGAGCCCUCCGCUUCAUUAUUGCCAGCAAUCAAUUCAAUGCCAGACAAAAGACCGAGGCACAGUUACAACUUACACAGCUACCGGUUAGCAGCCAGCCGACUAAGAUUAAGAACAGAUGUACCGUUGGAGGAAGAGGGAGGUCCGUGUUUAGGGAGUUCAAGAUGGGAAGGUUCCCGUUCAGAUUGGCGGCUUUGGCAGGAGACCUGCCUGGUGUGAAGAAGGCUAGUUGGUAG